AUGGAGAAAGAACCAGAGAACUUACAGAAUCGGAAAAGAAGCCGUUUAAGGAGAGACGGAUACAUAAGUAUUAGAGAGAACCAGCAUGAUUAUCAUUCAAGUCCUCGAAUCCCAAGGAGCCCAAAGAGAAAACGAAUAGUUAGAGUGAGCUCUAUAGAAGUUGUUCAAAACGUAGUUGACAAAAAGAAUAAAGACCUUGGACUCUUCAACUCACCUGAUAAGGACCAGAUCCAGCCUAAAACUAGCAAAGAAGAAGAUGAAUUUAAAAAUUUCAUUCUUCAAAGAAAUUGGUUGCAUUCCCGGAAAUAAAAUUAAGCAUUCAAAAGCAAACAUCAGGCUCUGCCAAAAGCCUCCAGUUCCUUCUAUAGACGGUACAAAGACUGAGGAUGUGAUGCAAGAGCUAAGGAUUAACCAAUAUGGGCAGUAUAUUCAAGAGAAGCUUGGUCUAUUCAAACGCCCUACUAAGUUAGAACUGAUGCUCUAUAAUUACAAGAAAGGAAAGAAACCUAAAGAUAGCUUAAUGUUUACGACUCCUGAGCCUGACAAGAAGAAGCGGAGGCUGGUUGUCCAGAAACAUCAUAUGAGCACUGAGUUUCCUCAAAGAUUGAAUAAUACUUCGUUGAUGAAGUCUAUUCAUCUUCCAAAGAAGUCAGAUCAUCAAAGCGGUGUUGUCAAGAACACUAAUCUUUCAGAGAGGCUCUUUUUGAGAGGUAAGAGGACUUCUCAAGAAUAUGAUGACCAUGAACCUAUCGUAUCGAGGAAAUAUAAGAAUCCUGUAAAGGAAAUACUGCUCAAAAGGAGCAUAAAUGCACAUUCUGCAGAUAAGAAACCUCAAAUAAGACUGUUUAAGAGCCAAAGAAAUAUUAUGAGUACUGCAACCGAGAGUCUCAGGCAGAAAUAAACAUUUCAAAGACUGCUCAAUAACUAUCGAAAAAGAGCUGAAAUCAAGCCGUGAAGAAACAAAAGUGAAUAAAAAGGUCGAUUUCUUAACUGUAAAUGAGAAUCAUUCAGGUCAAAAUAUAUCAACUUUUGAUAAAAUUAAGCUUAAUAUGAGUGAGACUAGGUCUAUCCAGAAUUUGAGAAAUAUGUUACAUCUCCCUCAAAGUACAAAGAGAGCAAGAGCAGUACCAAAGAAGAUGAUAAAAUAAGAUAAACUCUAAACUCAUCAACAUCUUCAGAGAACCUUCUAUCUCAGCAAAUGCGUUAGAAACUGCUUCUAAGAGAUCUAUUGAAAAUAUGAAUUCUCUGAGCAAGAUUAAGCUCAAGCAUGGUCACCAUAAAUCCAAAAUUAAGCAAGGAGAAAAACACGAUGAUAAGCCUAAAGAAACCUUUGAGGCUAUUAUGAAGCGUAUAAUGAAGCAAGGCAUCAACAAUUCAGAAAAGAGCUCAAAUGAUAACCUGUUGGGAGGAGACAGUCUAAAAUUAUAUAAAUUUUUCUUAAACAAACUCCUGAACCAGUCGAAUGACUCGUUUCUCUGUAAGAAACAUCAUGCUUUCCUUGUUCACCAGAAUAUGGUCGACAAUGGACCGAGUUUCUAUGAACGGAUGAAUCAAGAUAUCACACAGAGAAAGAAUAGAGAUGAUAGUUUAGAAUUAAGUGUGAACUCAAAGUAAUUUACCCUAUCUAAGAAAGCACAACUAUCUUAUACCC